AUGGCCUCGGGAAACCCAACUAUGCAGCUCGACCCCAAAUACGACGACUACGAUUUCCCUACCACGAGCCCCACACCACAAAGCGGUCACCCUGGCCAUACUACCCCCGAGCAAGAUGCGGCGGUGCACCAGCUACGAAUGAUGCUGGAGCAGGCGGGGUAUACCAAGAACCUUGAUACAUUGACCAUGCUGCGGUUCCUGCGCGCGCGGAAAUUCAACGUGGAGCUUGCGAAGCAAAUGUUCACCGACUGCGAGAAGUGGAGAAAGGAGUUCGGCGGCGGUGUAGACCGCCUCGUGCAGACAUUCGAGUACACCGAGAAACCCAAGGUGUUGGAAUACUACACGCAAUACUACCACAAGACGGACAAGGCACGCCUCCUUCCCUCCCCAACUCUCUCACUCCUACCCCGUUCCUAA